GCGGCCGCCGACAGACGCCCGCGUCCCAGCGCCGAGCCCGCUGUCGUGCCAUGGCCCCCGCUCCGCCCCCCGCCGCCGCCUUCUCCCGCGCCGAGCUCCAGCGGCGCCUGGCGGCCGGCGCCUGCUGGGUCCGCUGCGGCGCGCGCCUCUACGACCUCUCGGACUUCGUGCGGCAGCACCCGGGGGGCGAGCAGCUGCUGCGGGCGCGGGCCGGCCAGGACGUGCGCGCCGACCUGGACGGGCCCCCGCACCGGCACUCGGACAAUGCCCGCCGCUGGCUCGAGCAGUACUACGUGGGCGAACUGCAAGAAGAAGACCAGGACGUCCCGGAGAGCGGAGCGGAGGCAACGGAGCCAGACGCAACUAUGGAGCCGCAGCUGAAGGCGGUGGACUGGGACAAGGACCUGGUGGACUGGCAGAAGCCCCUGCUUUGGCAGGUGGGCCACUUGGGGGAGAAGUACGAUGAGUGGGUCCACCAGCCAGUGGCCAGACCCAUCCGUCUCUUCUACUCAGACUUCAUCGAGUCUCUCACCAAGGCCGUCUGGUACAGCGUCCCCAUCAUCUGGUUGCCCCUGAUGCUGUACCUCAGCUGGUCCUACUACCGAACGCUCGCCCAAGGCAACGUCCGGCUCUUCGCGUCCUUCACCACAGAGUACUCGGUGGCCAUGCCGAAGGCCGUCUUCCCCGGCCUCUUCGUGCUGGGCAUGCUCGGCUGGACGCUGAUGGAGUACCUCAUCCACCGCUUCCUCUUCCACAUGGAGCCCCCCAGCAACAACUAUUACCUCAUCACCCUGCACUUCGCAUUGCACGGCCAGCACCACAAGGCGCCCUUCGACCAGUCGCGCCUGGUCUUCCCCCCAGUGCCUGCCUCGGUGGGCGUGGCCUUCUUCUAUGUGUCCCUGCAGCUCCUGCUGCCUGAGGCAGUGGGGGGCACCCUGUUUGCGGGGGGCCUGCUGGCCUACGUGCUCUACGACAUGAUCCACUACUACCUGCACUUCGGGUCCCCGCGCAAGCAGUCCCACCUGUACGGCAUGAAGGCCCGCCACGUCAAGCACCACUUUGCACAUCAGAAGUCAGGAUUCGGCAUCAGCACCAAUUUUUGGGAUAGCCUUUUCCACACCCAGAUCCCCGAAGAACCCCAAGCGAAGACGCAGUGACCACUCGCAGCCCCUCCACCCUGCCCCCGUCCAGCCCUGGCCCUGCCCCCCCGCCCCCGCCGGCCCAGUCCUGCUCGUCCAGACCUGGCGGCCAAGCAGCUCGGGCUUCGUGUGGCCCUCCGGCCGGAUGGUAGCCCCUGAACACGGACACAGGCUUGGAGGCUGCCCUCCGGAGGGGCACGUCCAGCUGGGGGCGGCGGCUCGCACAGACUAGCUCUUUCCUGAGAGCACCCGGGAGCCGGCCUGAGGGGUAUGAAGGCCACUGACCCGAAGGGCCCGCGCACCCCCGAGUCUCGGUGCUGCCUCGGCCAAGACCAGGGUGUGCCGGGGCCGUGGCAGGUCCCUGCCUGGGCGACAAUGGCUGCUCCGGUGCUCAGAGAAGUCGGAGGCGGAGGAACGACUCUCACGGAAGAGAUGGCGUGAUGCCUCCCAGGGCCGCCCCAGGCUCCCGGGCAGCACCUCUGUGCCCUGCCAACCCAGAACGCCAGCUGCACUGCCAGAUGCCUCGCCCGGCACCGCCCCCGCCCCGCCGGCCUGACCCUCACCUGCUCGCGCACACAAGCCAAGGGCAGCUGGCGCCAACGUCCAGGCUGGCAGAAGCCCAGCCCCUUUUCUGUAGGAGCUGCCAGCUGCUCUCGCCGUCUCUCCCCCGCCUCUAGAAUCACCAAGAGACCUCUGCGAGGGUCCCCCGCGCCCCACACUGCCAGCUAGCCCCGCCGUCCCCGCCCCUCCCUCAGACCUGACCCGCUGGUGCCUCUGACAGCCAAGGAGAUUCACGCAGUGCCUUACCCCUCCCCACCCUGCUCCCCCCCACCCCGGCAGAAGAGGCCCCCACCUUUUCUUCCUCGUAACCAAAACCCUCAGUGUUCACAAGAGGGUCUUAUUUAUAAACUUGAGCGCCACCCUUAGUCUCGUCCCAGACCGAGUAGCUGCUGAGACCGCCCUCCUAAUCCUGCGUGUCAGGCUUAUGUUUUUAAAAGAAAAUUGUGCUCUAUUUUUGUUCCCUUCUGACGCAUACACCAUCACUACUUGAAACCUUAGAAUCUUAAAAUGAGGGCAAAAGAGAAACAAGUUUGACCGAUCCUGUGACCUGUGCCAUUUAACGGCAGUUAUUUAAAGAUUUUGGAAUAAAUAUACACACUACAGUUGUGAAAUAAAGGUGUAAAUAAAUUGUAUAUUUUGGAAAAAAAAUAAAAAACAUUGAAA